GUCACUUCCGUUUUCAAAAUUUGGCAGACGGUUUUGCUUUUGAAGCUAAAAAUAUUAGAAUUUUGAAUAUUUUUCCUAGAAGACUAUUCAAAGCUUCAACUGAAGAAAUAGAGCUGUUGAUAUAUAUUGACACAUCAAGGUUUAUACAGAAAAUUUUAGUUUUAACAGACGAUUUUAUUAGCUAAGCUUCAAACGUUUGAGACAAUAUUAUGAAGUUCUUGACAACAACGUAGCAGUUAAUACAUAUAUAUUUGUCUAUGGUAUACUCAUACAAAAAGUGAAGCAAAUAUAUGUUAUGGAUGAAAGUUUGGUACAAGAAAGAUGUCGAUGAGCACCAAGCAAAUUGAGGAAAAGUUCCUGUCAAAAGAGGAGAAAUGCAUAAUAUGCAUCAAUGGAAAGAUGUUAGAUACCUUUUCACAUGCGCCUGUCCAGUUGUACAUAGCACUUGUAGCAAGACAAGAUGAUCAUGGAUUAUUUAUUUUUAGUGUGAAUAAAUUCCCAAAUCCUUCUAUAGAUGACCUAGAUAUAGAUAAAGUUGUACCUGUAGAUGCAGACUUAAGGACAGUUUCAGAGGUUCCAGACAUUAGCCAACAGAAAGAAUUUUUUGUCUUGCAUUUGAAAUCCAAAUUUAUAAAUGCACAGCUUGUACUACCAGACCACACAUCAACAGCAGCAUUUCUGGAAGAAUUAAGUAGAGCUCAAUCAGUGUAUUCUAACAUAGUAGCAUUUGGUAAUCCUCCAUCUUUUGCUUGGUUAGAGAAUUACAAUAGACAAAACGACAAUCCAUUUGCCAAGGAUGUGUUUGAUCCUUUUGUAAAAAAUAACCAAGUGAAAAAGGCAGAAGCACUGACAAAGCCUCAUAGUUUACCAGUAGCGCCACCUAGGAGGAUGAGAGCUGUAAUUAUUAGAAAUGGACAGAGUUUGCCUCCUCCUGUACCGGAGAGACCAAGGAACAUGAAAGAGCCAAUGUCACAGAGAAUUACAGACCUGUCCGAGUUAGAUCCUCUGAGAAAGACGGCCAGUAAACAGUCCUUAGAUGAGUUAGAUCUUGAUGACUUCACUGGAAGUAGUGAAUUUCCAGAUGUCCAGAAAAUGUUGGGACUUGGUUCCUCAGAAUUCUCAACUGAAUCUGGUGGUAAACCAGUGACUGCUAGAGAGACAAUAGUCAAACAUAUGAUGAAUGACAGGGAGGUUGAGUUUACAGAUAUAUCAAAAUUAAAAAUAUUUGUUGGAACUUGGAAUACAAAUGGCCAGUCCCCGCCCAUAUCGAUAGCUCAGUGGUUACAAGUAGACCCAGAACCUCCAGAUAUUUAUGCUAUAGGGUUUCAAGAGCUGGAUUUGAGCAAUCAAGCACAUAUAUUUAGUGAUUCGCCAAAAGAAAGUGAAUGGCAACAUGCUGUAAAGAAUUGUUUACAUCCAAAAGGAAGAUAUAGAAAGGUUAAAUUAGUGAGAUUGGUGGGUGUUAUGCUGAUUGUUUAUGUUCUAGAAAAACAUUCAUCUAAAGUACAUUUUAUAGAUUCUGACACUGUAGCUACUGGCAUUAUGGGAAUUAUGGGGAAUAAAGGUGGUGUUGGAGUGCGUUUUACCAUAGAAAGUACCUCUAUAUGUUUUCUAUGUUCACAUCUGGCAGCUCACCAGGAUGAAUUAGAACGAAGAAAUCAGGAUUAUCGAGACAUAUCAUCUAAAAUGCGAUUUAAACAGUUUGUCCCUCCAUUAACUAUUGAUGAGCAUGAGUUGGUAUUCUGGCUUGGUGAUUUAAACUAUAGAUUAAACGAUUUAGACAUUGAUAAAGUGAAAACAAUGAUCCAGAAUUCCAAAUUACAAGAUCUGAUGUCUUAUGACCAGCUUCAUAGGCAGUUGGGAAGAACAGAUGUAUUCAAAGGUUACUCAGAAGCUGAAAUUAAAUUUAAGCCCACAUAUAAAUAUGAUAUCAACAGUGAUGACUGGGAUUCUAGUGAGAAAAGUCGUCCUCCUGCCUGGUGUGAUAGAAUCCUGUAUAAAGGAGGUGGUAUAACCAGUCUGAAGUAUCGCUACCAUCCUGAACUAAAGAUCAGUGACCACAAACCUGUCUCAGAUCUAUUUGAUGUUGAGGUGAGAGUGGUAGACAAAGAGAAAUCUAGGAAAGUAUACGAAGAUAUAAUGAAACAAUUAGACAGACUGGAGAAUGAUUAUCUGCCUCAAGUUAAACUGGAUAAAACAGAGAUUAUAUUAAAUGAUGUCAAAUUUAUAGAGACCAAAGAAGACAUAUUAACAAUAACAAAUUCUGGUCAGGUUCCUGUAAAUUUUGAAUUUAUACAGAAGCUUGAUGAACCUAGUUAUUGUAAACCAUGGAUGAUGGCAUCUCCAUCUAAAGCUGUGAUAACUCCAGGAAAAAAUUGUGAAAUAAACAUUUCUGUGUUUGUGGACAAGAAAAGUGCAGCUGUAUUGAACAGUGGUGAAGAUAAAUUAGAGGAUAUACUAGUGCUACAUUUGAAUGGUGGAAAAGAUUUCUUUAUAUCUGUCAGUGGUAACUAUAUUGCUAGUAGUUUUGGAAGUUCUCUGGAGGCUUUGAUACAGAUGCAUGGUCCAGUCAGAGAAAUACCUACUGCUCAACUUGUAGAAAUAGAACAACCAGGUAGUUUAGUGAAAAGAGAUGUACUAAACCAGGGAGGGAGAUUGUAUGCUAUUCCUAAGGAGAUCUGGAGACUGGUAGAUCACUUGUGGCAGUAUGGCUGUGAUCAGGAAGAUUUGUUCCAGCAACCAGGUUUGAAUAAAGAGAUUCAGCUGAUAAGGGAUUGUCUUGAUACUGGUGCUCCAGAGAAGAUUCCUGGAAGCAUCCAUUCUAUAGCAGAAGGAUUAUUGUUGUUUUUAGAAUCACUUCCAGAUCCUGUCAUUCCAAAAAGUGUACACAAGCGAUGUUUAGAAUGUUCUAAUAACUACCUGCUGUGUAAACAGAUUAUAAUGCAAAUUCCUGAAUACCAUAGAAAUGUAUUUAGAUAUCUCUGUUCAUUCCUCAAAGAACUCCUGUCAAAAUCACAAAACAAUAAUUUAGACAUUAAAUUUCUAGCUUCUUUGUUUGGUGAUGUGUUUCUAAGACCAGACCAUCAUUAUGUACCAACAUCCUCUAGAGCUAACAAAAAUGUCCGCAGUGUAGCAAAAGAAGAAGAGAUGAAAAGAGCUGCUUUUGUUUACCAUUUCUUGUCUAAUAAUAUUGACGAUGUAUGAAUCUUGUCAACAUUUCUAUUUCCUGAAACCCCAGACAGCUUUCGAUGUUGUACAGCAACUGAUAGGAACAGAAUUGAUAAAAAGAUCUGUCAAGUUUAUUUCAAACAAUACAAAAGCAGCUAGUUGUCAUAAGGAUGAAUAUUAAUAUCUUGAACAUGGAUAGUUAAGCAUUAACUGCAUACAACCUAAAGAUAAACUUUUUGAGAUUUUGUUCAUUACAAAUUUUACAAGAUGGUAAUGUUGCUUCAGCUAUACAAUCUGUGAUAAUCAAUGUUUAUUUUGUGUAGAAUCAUUUGUAGGAUGUGAGAUUUUUAAACAUGUGUUGUUCAUGAGUGUACUUUUUAUAUUAAUGUAAAACAUGUGUCACACAUUUAACUGGUCAUUCAUAUGAUACAUACAAUUCUGUCUUUGUGUAAUGUAGUGAAUCUCUUGACUUUUGACUUUCUAUUUUGUGAUUGUUUGAGCCUUUAGAAAAUAAUGUGAUUAAUUCUGAAGAUUUACCAGAACUCAGUUACAAUUAGUCAGGCCAAACGAUCUCUGCCUGCUGGAUAGACAAGUCAAACAAGGAAUUACUUACAUGUUUGAACAUUAUCUCAUAAGAAAUUAUCAUUUGCUGUAGUUUUAUAGUUUGGAAAACUUUUUACAAACAUCACCACUUGCAUGUAUGUUAAAAAUACAGUAUUUUAUGUUUGCUAUUUAUUUUGCCAUAAUGGUCACAAUGCAUACAGUUCACCUUUUAAAUAUUUUAACCCUUCAAAAUAAGCCCUGCACCCACAAAUAUUUUUUUCUAUGGUUAAAAUGCAUUAUUCAGGGAAUUCAGCCAUCCUGGAAAAACAACGAGCCAAUCAACUAAGAAAACAGUGCAAGUGAACAUAUUAGUACAGCUCAUAAUUAUUUGAGUGUGUCAUUUUUUUAAUAUCCAACUUUGAUCACGUGAUUAUCACUUCAACCCCUGAACUAUAAUUCGGGUAACAAACUGACAGUUUAAGGAUGAUGGAAAAGUUGUAUCAGAAACCAAGGAAAUAAAUUUAAUUUGAUAAUCAUUCUGCAGAGACAUUUAUUUGAACAAAUGCAUAAUAUACAUGACAAUCCUUUAAUUUAUCAGAAAGAAGUAUGAUAUGAAAAUAUUCAUAUUGAAAAAGGGAAAAAAAUGAAGGAACUUAAAUAUGAAAUUCUAAGCUGUGAUAUCUGAGACAUGUUUCUUAUUUUUUUUUGUUUAGUUCUAAUUACAUUGUUUGGUUUUCUGUUCAAAAUUUUCACAUCAAAUUUUGUACUGUUUAGUUUUGUUGAAGCAUGGUAACAGACUUGUACAUGGAUAAUGAUAAAUAAAUUUCCAAAAUUAAAAAGAAAUGUAAGGAGCGUACAGUACUAUAAGUCAAUAUUGUAUAUAGGUCAUUGAAAAGGUCAACAUUGUCACAACACAAUCAUAUAAGAUAUUCUGGUUAGUAUGUGAAGUCUUAUAGGGCAUAUCAUUAUCUCACGAUUGAGUGAAAUUUUUAUUGCUUUUAUACAUUUAUUCAAAUCGCAUGUUGUAUCAUUUUGUCAAUUUUGAACUGGUAAUUUUGUCUGUCACAAGGUUAAGGUCAAAUAAGAACCCACUUUGGUCCCCCAAUGUAGUCUCAGCAUUUUCAAAUCAUUUUGAUUUGUUGCUUGUUUUAAUCCACAGACACAAAUAUCAAGAAAGAAAGAGGCUCAGAGAAUUAACUGCCAUAAAUUUUCAUUUAUAAAAGGCUCAAAAUUCGGUGAUUUAUCAAUGAUUAUUAGCAAUAUUAAAUAGAACCAUAUACAUGGCCAACAAAAAUAUUUUAGAAAUUGAUUUUUACAUGAAUAUUUUUGAUGGGCACAUCUUCUCAUAGAGUGUAGUAUUGGCGUUAUCAUUUUUCUAUAAAACACAGCAUUGAUACCUAAUUGUGAAAUCUGAAAAAAAAACACUCAUUAAAACUGGGGAGCCAAGUAUUGCCAUAAUCCUUCCUCAAUUAAUUAUGAUAGUGACUGCAUUUGUUCCAUUAACCCGCUUCAUAUUUGCAGCUAUGAUAUUGGUUGUUAGGACAGAAUUGUGUCUAUUUACCUAGCUUUAAAACCUCAUGAUUCCAAUAUUGUAUGUAAAGUCUUAUUUUAUUGGUGUUUGUCAUUGCAACCAAAAAUUUAAAUAUUUUAAAAUCUGUUUUCAUGUAGCCAUGUGUAUGAAUUCUUACACAAGAGAAAUAGUUCUGAAUUGUUGACAUAGUUUUAAGUGCAUUUUAUAGAAAUCAUAAGAAAGAAAGGGUUAUUUAAAAACAAAGUUUAUUGAUGUGGAAACUCAGAAUUUUGCCCACAUCAGUUUGUGAGUGAGUCAGUCAAGUUCUCACAUCAAUAAGCUCAAAAUUUAACCGUUCUUACUAUAUUUUAAACCAUAUAGAUUUGUUGUUCUUUCAAACAAACAAUUUCAUUAGCUUAUUGAUAUUAAUGUGCCUUUUGUACUUUUUUCAUAGCUGUUUUGAAAUGAAAGUGAUAUAUUUUUCCUCUUUAAUUAUGCAUUUUAUAAUUUUUUUUAUUAUGAUACAGUUUAAAAAGAAAAGAAAAACUGAUAAAAGGUUAUAUCUUACAAUGUACUAAUUUCAAAUGGCAAAAAAAUAACAUUUUAUGUUGGUCUUACUUUGUUUACAUUUACUUUUAUCUCAAAUAAAAAUGAGUUAAAUUUUAAGAUUACAAGCAAAUUAGUUCUUGUCUAAUAGUUUUAAAGACCUUAACAUAGUGGAAAAAUGCAUUCUAAAAAUCCAAGUCACAAAGGUAUUAAAUAAUUUUUUUUUAAUGUCUAUCAAAAGUAAUUCGAAAGUACCUCUUCACUUCAAAAACAAAUUGACAAAUUGCAUGUUUUUAAUGUCAAAUAUUUUUCAAUUGUAUGUUGAAAUUUGGUAUAUUUUCUUGUUUAGUUGUGUAUACUUCUUUAUAUUUAUAUUUUACAUAUGAUUUAGAUUUUAAUUGUCAUUAUUUAUUCAGUUCAUAUAUUCCUUUAACAAGUGGAAAAUCAUAGAAUAAAGUCUGUCACAAAUAUAA